GAGCUCUGGCCACCUUCCAGACACCUCUACGUCGUGACUCGCCUCGUUCCGAUAAAACUCGAUCCCGCCCUUUCUCCAGGCCUCCUACCCCCGUCCUUCCCCAUCGACAUGGCCUCCGAGCUCUCCUUCCUCAGUCACGCGCGCUACGGCAAAGACAAGGUCCGCGUUCUGCGGGUCGUGCGCGAGGGCAAAUGGCAUCACAUCGUGGAAUACAACGUCCAGGCGCUGCUCGAGGGCGAUAUUGAGACGAGCUACACAGAGGCAGAUAACUCUGUCAUCGUCGCGACAGAUUCCAUUAAGAACAUUACGUACUAUCUUGCCAAGGUGUCCCCGCACGUCCUUAAUCCCGAGCGCUUCGCGCUGCACCUCGGCACGCACCUCGUCUCCAAGUACGCACACAUCCACAAGGCCUUUGUGUCAGUGGAGCAGCUGCGGUGGUCGCGCAUCCCUGUGGACGGACAGGCGCACCCGCACUCUUUCCUCCGCGAUGGCGACGAGAAGCGGAUCGUGAAGGUGGAGGUCGAUGCGAGCAAGGGCAAGGACAAGCUCGUAGCGACUGUGCAGUCUGGGAUCACUGACCUCCUCGUGCUCAAAACGACUGAAUCGGCAUUCACCAACUUUGUCCGCGACGAGUACACCACUCUCAAGGAGGUCGAUGACCGUAUCUUGUCCACUUCUGUCGACGUGACCUAUACCUUUGCCCCAAUCGAGAUCCCCAAGCCGGGUGACGCCAAGCUUGAGGAGUUCAUCAUCCCGACCGAUAUUCCUGCUGGCAGCGUCUGGGACGAUCAGGUUCCAGUCCGAGCAAGGAAAGUAACGCUGGACAUCUUUUCCACAGAUAACAGCGCUAGCGUCCAGGCCACCCUGUACCGCAUGGGGCAGGCGAUUAUUGCCCAGAACGCGCUGGUGCAGACUGUGUCGUACGCGCUGCCAAACAAGCACUAUAUCCCCGUCGAUAUGAGCUACAUCGGAGUGGAGAACCUCGUCCCAUCUCAGGCGGAAGUGUUCAUGCCUGUCGCAGCGCCGAGUGGCUUGAUUACGGCUACUGUGAGCCGCAAAUAGAAAUUCAUAUACAUAUAUAGUAGGUUUUGCGUUUAUCAUGAUGAAUCGAGCAUCGUUUUUGGAGGCAUUGACAUGAUCGUUUGGGCGAUAUCGGUGAUUAGAUUGUGGCCUCGCUCGCCG